CAGCCUCCUCCAACCAAGACAAACCAACGACAUCAGACUCAAGUGAAUGUAAAUCCAGACUUUGCUCUGCCAUACUUCCUUCCAGAUGUUGGGUAUGCUCUUUUGCUUUUUUUAUUGAGUUUCAUUUGAGAUCAUCAGCACUUUUGGGUAAUAUUAGCUUGACUGAUAUGCCAUAAGUUUGUCAGCAAGUUACUUCAAUUUUUCAGAAAAUCAAUUGUUGUCUACAUAUCUCAUACGGAAAAUCCGAGUUAUUUCUACGUGAGUCGUGCAGAUGCAAUAUCGGAAAUGUUGAGUGAGGAAAUACUGAGUCAUUACAAGGUAAAUGUCUGGUAAUUUAUUUAUUCCUCAAACUGAUUAACAAGCAAACCACAAAGAAAAUCCGCACCGUAUCGUUGAUUUGAAAUACCGGACAGCUUCAUUUGAGAAGUUUGAGAGAAAGCCAUUUCUUUAUUCCCCAAUGAAUCUGACCGACCAUUGUUCUGAUCUUUUCAUUCCAUAAUGUCUCUGACCAGCUCUCUUUUAUUUCUUAUUUAUGUCCUACUAUCUCAUCCUUACUUAUUUCACCUUCUCUGGAAUGUCUACAUACAUUGUUUGAUUUCUUCAUUCCAUGAUGUUUUCACUGGCCAUCUUUGAUCUCUACUUAUGCAUAUCAAUACCGUGUCAAUGUUCAUCUGAUGAUACUAAAUGUCAUCGCGCUGUUCGUAAUCUUCAUGAUCAAGACAGAGAAAUCCGGCCUAAAAUCAGAUCUUAGCAAUACUACCAAUUGGUGUAAAGACUGGAGCCUGGAGGAUGGAUUUAAAUAAUUCCAAAUGCGGAGUACUUUAAUUUACUCGUUAUCUCCAACCUACUAUCAACCAACCAGUACACAUUAGUUGUCAUCCUUGUCAAACCUUUUAUCUGUGUAAAAGAUCUUGGCGUAAGUAUCACCAAAGAUCUGAAGUGGAACCAGCACGUGCAAGAUCUGAAGUGGAACCAGCACGUCCUCAAAAGCUAACAAAAUGCUAGGUUUUGUCAAGAGAACAACGUCAAACUAGCUGACGUGACCUAAUGUUUUUAAUGGGCUGCAUGAUGGCGUUAUUGGAUGUUGAAACCUAGUUGAAAACCAAAUUCUCAAAAACAGCAUGUUUAGCAAUAAUACAGCUAAACAUUUUAGUCAAAGAGCAAAUGAAUAUAACUACGCCAUUCUACGAUGAAAUCUUUAAGUAUUCCCAGUCAAUUUUAGCAAAUAUUUCAAGCACUAAACAGUAAAAAAGGCAUCCCAAAUUUCGUUAAAAUUGGGGACGCCAAUUUCGUAGCUACAAAUGUAAAAAAAUACAAAACAAAGACGAAAAACAUUUACCUUGAAUACUUUGUCGUGGCUUAGGCAUGUUUUUAAAACAAUUAGACCAGUAUAUGCUUCAAUAUUACUCUUUUAAAGCGGAAAGUAUAGCGAAACAACAAAAAUGCCGAGAACUUUGCAAUACGCGUGACGUCACAGAUUGCAACUAGUUGUUUUUGCUUACGUCAGCUAGAGUCCUAUCCAUUUAUUUUAUUAUCCAUGCAAGAACCAAGCUCUCAAAUCGAUCUUCACCCAUGGUUGCUCUUAUGUAAUUGUUGAUAAUUUUACUACUUUGCUGUGGCAUCUUUCGCAUAAAGCUAUUGCAAUUGGAAUUAUGGACGCAAUACAAAUGAUUCUGCGAAGGUUUCGGUAAAGGUCAUCGUAAUCACUUUCACCAAACUCCUCAACAUUAAUGGAAGGUAAGGGUUUUUCCAACCCUGCUCCUUGGCUACGUGCCUGCUAUCUCGUAUAAGAAACGAUUGGCUACCAUCAGAAUCCUCCCUCUAUGUUACUGGCAUGAGUAUUUAGAUAUGGUGUAUCUUCACAAAUGCCUUAUAAAUAACUCUGACAGUAACAUAUCGAUAUCAUCUAUAAAGAUCCCUAUCACGAGAAACAAGGAAUACUAGUUCAACCAACGGCAUCCUACUUCAUGUAACAAAAGUAAAACUGUUUCUUUUCAAAACAGCUUUAUAUCAGAGUUGCUAAUGUGUGGAACACCCUUCCCGGAUAAGAAAUACCACCACAUCUCUAACUAUAUUUAAAUGCAAUCUAAUGAAAUAUUACGUUGAAUUAAUCCAUCAAAUUUAUGAUCCUGAAGAUCCAAGAACAUUCAAGUCUGUUUGUAUUAAAUGUCACACCACUCGUCCACUAAUAAACUUAUCAACUCGAAAAUGUUGCUAAAUUUAGUGUUUGUUCGUUUGUUCGUCAAUACGUUUGCUUUGUCUUCUUGUAUUUGUGUUUAAUUGUUAUGUUUGCUUUAAUUUUAAAAUAAUUAGAUAAGUUGUUCUUUUUUGGAACCCCGUUAUUGGAGAACUAUCUCUGUGUGGAAAUUCCAGUAAUUUGUAACCAUAGUACUCUAUAUAGAUCUAUUGCAAUGGCAAACUUGUAAAAUAAAAUAAAUAAAAAUAAUACUAUCUGAACCUUUCUAUUCUUAAUAAGUUCUUUGUAUGUUUGCAUGGCGAUAAAACAUAUAAUAGUUUUGUUUGUGGAAACAUCACGUAACACUUUCUAUUCUUACCAUCUCUGCAAUGUCUACUUUCCCACAUAUUUUUCUGAUCUCUUCAUGUCAUACUGUAAUGUCUUUGACCAGCUCUUCAUUUCUUAUUUUGUGUCCAUUCCAUCUCAACCUUUCUUCCCUCGCUUACUGGUCAAUCCACAAUGUCGGCUCUGACUAGCUGUUCUUCAACUAUUCUUAUUACUUGUACAUACCCAUACCAUCUCGGCCUUUCUUCGCUCACCAUCUCUGAAAUAGUGAAAUGUCUACCACCCCGAUCUUCUGACCCCUUCAUUCUAUGAUGUUGCCAUUAUCUCUUAUUUUAUGUGCCUAUAUACUAUCUCAUCCUUAGUUUAUUUACCAUCUUUGCAAUGUUUAGUGCCCCAAAUCUGCUGAUCUCUUUUUUCUAUAAUGACCAGUUUUCUUUCAUCUCCUAUUAUGUGUCAUAAGGGAUAAUUGUGCAAUAUAACAUUUUCUCUCUUGUCAGUCAAGUCGUUAUAACCUUGGAGCCUUCCCAUCAGUGUCACCAGGACAGAUAUUUUGCGCUAAAUAUACUGAGGAUGGUAGUUUCUACCGCGCCCGUGUCCUUGAAGUGGUCGACAGCAAGCAUAUCAAAGUUCAGUACGUAGACUUUGGUAAUAAAGAAGUUAUACCAGUUGACAGACUCCGUGUUCUCAUCAGUGAAUUCCGUACACAGCCUAUACAGGCAUACGAGUGUUGCCUUCAUGGCGUGCAGCCUGCAGAUCAGGUGGGUUUAAUUUUUAUAUUAUUAAGUAGUUAUAGACAGAAAGAGGGAAUUGGGCUACUUGAUGAAUUACCUGGGGGUAUUGCUGGCAUAGUGGUUUCUGUAGGUGCUUUUUACUGAGGACAGUAUAGUUGGUAGUCCCGGGUGAAAUGCCAAUUUCACACAAUAUCAACAACAAUCUAAUUAUAGUUAAAAGUACGAAAUAUAUCAUAAAUUAAAAGUACAAUCUAAUUAGUAUCAACCAAUCAAAAAGACAGAUCUAGAGUAAAAUAUUUUUGUCCGAUAAACCAAUCAGGUGAAAAGCCGGGUUUUGGCCUUUUUACACGCAGAAAGACUCUGUCAGGCCACAAAAUAGGAAAGUAUAGCAGAAGUGUAACUUUAGUCGGUGCCUUUGUUGUUUUACGUCCACGAAAACGUUAACUCGCUCACGCCAUCCUGGCUAGUACAGCCGGAAGUUUUUAGCAGGUUUUGAUAGGUACAAAGUGUCGGUUGUACUAGCUAGGAUGGCGUGAUUGAUGACGAAUCGCCUGUAAAAACGCGAACAAAUACUUGCUUGAGACUUCUGGUAUACCUUCCUAUUCUGUGGUUCGGCCAUGUCUUCCUUUCAAUCCACCCGCACUUAAGGAAGGGAAAAUAUGGCCUAAUACCCUACAUGGCUAAUUUCCAAACGAUAUAGUACUUUUCAAUAGAUGAAUAUUUUCUUGGCUCACGAAUGGAGUGAGGCUGCAAUUGCUAAAUUUGCUGAUCUAAGCAGUAGUGAUAAAGAAUUAAGAAUGACAGUACACGAAGUCAAAGGUAAAAUAUUUAUUAAUUUUUUAUAUGUUGAACACAUAACCAGUGGUGACUACAUUACUUUGAUUUUGUACUUGAGUAAAAGUAAAAAGUAUUGGGGUAGGGGAGAGGAAAGCUACUUGAAUAAACAGUACAAAUAUUUUUUAAAAAUACUUGAAUAAG